AAGUGGUUGAGCGAAGGAGACCAGCGCCAUGGCGUCAGUCCACUGGCACCUCUCAGCUCAUACCACGUAUCCACGUACAUUGGCCGGACAGUAGUUAUUGCGGUACCGGUCGAGACAGACGGUUUCCGCUUUCUUCUAGGGAAUUGAAAUACUAUAUUCACGGCUAUUGGUCAAAGUGCGUGCCUUCCAGCGGGCCGAGAUGGCAGCACGGGUCAGCCGGCGCGACUGGCUGGCAUUAGGGUUAGCGGCGCUGCUGUAUCUCGGCGCUCUCACGAGCUGUUCGGCCGCUGCUGACGAUGACGAGGAAGAGACGAUUUCCGGAAAGACGGGGAACUACCUGGCAGAUGCUGCCAAGUGGACGUGGCCAGUUGUCAACGAGGCGGGCACAGAAGCAUCGGUGUACAAGGUCCUCUCCUCGUGGUGCGGCAACGCGUACGAGGAGAUGGUGAAGGACGCGGAGCGCAAGGCGAGGGACCACGAGCGGCUGAAGCUGGAGAGGGACCAGCGGUUCAGCGAGUGGAUGCAGUGCCGCCAGGAGAAGCUCAUCAAGGAGAAGGAGCUGGAGGCGGAGUGUGACAAGGCGCGCAAGCUGCAGGCGUCGGAGUUUGACCGCGAGAGGCUGGUGAUGCGCGCCGAGUGCGACAUGGAGCUCACUCUGCUGCGCGCUGAGCUGGACGCCUGCGAGAUCAAGUUGAGCAACAAGGAGAGUGCAGUGUGCGAGCGCGAGGUGGUGGUGGAGCGAGCCCUAUGCGACCACGCCAAGCGCGGCCUGGAGGCCAACACCACAGCGUGCCGCCACCGCACGCAGGUCACCAAUGCUACCCGCCUCUCGGAGCUUGAGGCCACGGCCGAGCGGGCGGCGCAUGAUCAUGAGGAGUGGGUGGCGGAGCGGGAGCGCUUCCACAAGGAGCUGAAGGUUUGCCGCCCGGCCCGAGCGCACGCUGAGGCGAGGCUGAGGGAGGUGCUGGCGGACGGGACGAUCGACUCGCUCGAACACACCGUCGUGUGGCUGCAGGUGGUGCUGGGAGUGCAGGCGCUGGUGCUGCUCGUCAUGCUCUCCUUCCUCUUCUUCCUGCUGCUGCACGAGGAGAACCCCACGGGGUCUGGUGCAUACGGGUGGGUGGCGGUGCAGCCGGCGUCCAAGAUGCGCCUGGUGCCAGCAGAGGUGGCGAAGGAGACGCUCAUGAAGGCGUUUGAGGGGCGCAGGCGCACGCGCCUGCCCAUCGUGCUCACCACCGCUGCAAACUACGAGCCCGACUCUGGCAGCCCCACAUUGGUCUUCCUGCUCGCCCCUGUCAACGUGGCAAGCUCCCGGCGCUUUUCACUGUUCAACCACUCAGGGGACUAUGUGACACACGCAGAGCGAGCACAAGAGAUAGUCACCAAGGCCCUGCCCAAGUCCCGGCUGGUGGUGGUGCUCUACGAGGGCUGUGGGGGGCUCUUCACAGAAGCCACGCUGCAAUCACUCAGACUCAACCCCGAUAAGGUGGCCUACGAGGUGAUUCCCAAGGACAUGGACUUCCCCAAGAGCCAUAACCUGGUGGUGCCAUGGGUGGACAAGACGGCGGGGGUGCGCACCACGGACAGCGAGAGGGAGAGCGAUCUGUCGUCCGUGAUUCGCUCACAGCCGUGGGCGCAGUACCUGCUGGGGAGGAGUGGGCGGAUCGGGCAGGUGCACAGCCAGCUGUUGUGAGAGAAAGGGGUUUUUUUCUUCGUUUUUAACAUAGGAAGUGGUAAUCAUAGACAGCAAGAGGGAAGGAUGUGUCUGUGGUGAUUUGCGCAGCGCACAGCUGGGGAUGGAGUACUUGCUGGGGAGGAGCGGGCGGAUAGGGCAGGUGCACUGCGAGCUAUUGUGAGGAAGGGCAGCUGCACCAUCGGCUAGUGUGAGAUAUGACAGCUGCUGCGAUAUAUGGAACAAGUGGAUAACCGACUGCCAAUAAUCGGCUGGGGUGAACGGCCGAUAUUGGGUGUUAUACAGGGAUGGAACACUAGUUGAUGCACAGCCAAUGAUGGCUAGAGUAUGUUAGAGAAGCUGAGAUGCAGUUUUGAGAAGCUGAGUGGAUACGAAUGGGACUAAUGCACCUUUUUGGCGGAUUCAGUCCUUGAAGCUUGAUGAAAUGUAGAUUAGUGUGGAAGAAUAUGGUAUAGAAAUACCGUAUUCCCCCGUAUAAAACACCCUAGGGUGGUAACCAAAAUGCAUCUAAAUUUUGAGGAGGGUGUAAUUAGAGGCUAAUUUUGUAUAACGCCAGGGUGUUGUGGAACAUGCAUU